AUGUUUGUUGGUAGCCCAUGUCAAUACCUCCUUAUUGGGGUAAUUGUUUUGCAUGCAUGCUUGUUUGCUUGUUGCUAUCAACCACAGUAUGACAUGUCUGUUGUGGCAGGUGGUGGAUCUUCAAUAGGUGAUGGAUUAUUAGCAACACAAGCAUUGUUAUCAGUACCAAGUGGUGGAAUUGUUUCAAAUUCUGAUAUUAUAUUCUGUGAUACUAAUAAUCAUAGAAUACGUAAGAUAGAUGUGAAUGGUAUCAUGUCAACUAUUGCUGGUACUGGUGUUGCAAAUUAUUCUGGAGAUGGAGGAGCCGCAGUUAAUGCACAACUAAACUCACCUCAAGGAAUUGGAAUACUAUCAACUGGUGCCAUUGUAUUUUCAGAUACAUUAAACCACUGUAUUAGAAAGAUUGAAAAUGGAAUUAUUUCAACAUUAGCAGGUAAUGGAUCACCAGGAUUGACAGUUGGAUCAGCAAUCAGUGCUCAAUUAAACACACCAACUGCUCUAAUUGUUGCAAGUAAUGACAUUUAUUUUGCUGAAAGUGGAAACCAUCUCAUUAGAAGAAUUAGUUCUUCUGGCAUGUUAACAAUCUACAUUGGAGAGUCAAGUGGAACAUCUGGUAGUUCUGAUACAGGUACAGCUGGAGCAUCAUUCAAAAUGAAUACACCAAUGGGAAUUGUUUUCCAUGCAGGAAAUUUAUACUUUUCAGAUUCCAAGAAUUAUAGAAUUUGUGUAACCUCUGGUGCAUUGAUUUCUGUUUUCAAAGCAUCAUUGACAAGUGAACCACUUGGAUUAGCUAGUUAUAAUGGUAAUCUGUAUAUUGCCAUGAAGGGAAACAAGGUUUUACAAGCAAAGAAUUCGAAUACAAUCAUUGAUUUUGCUGGAAGUGGAACGAGUGGAUAUUCAGGAGAUGGAGGAUUGGGUACAUCUGCUUUAUUGAAUGGUCCAUCUGCUUUGGCUUUUGAUUCGAGUGGAAAUUUGCUCAUUUCAGAUUCUUUCAAUAAUAGAAUUAGAAAAGUUGCAAAUGGAACUAUUUCAACUUUGGCUGGAAAUAGCAAUAGAAAUUUUGGAAAUGGUGUUUUGGGAACAUUGGCUUCAUUUUCCUCUCCAAAUAGUGUUUAUUAUACAGGAAAUGAUGAUUCAGCAGGUGGCAUUUUGAUUUCUGACACAAAUAAUCAUGUUUUAAGAAGAUUGAAAGAUGGAUACAUUUAUAAUGUGAUUGGAAAUGUUGCAAUUCCUGGAAACAACAAUGGAAAUGGAGUGAAUGUCAAUGAUGCAACAGUGAAUUCACCUCCAUUUGUCAUGAAGAGAUUUGGUGAUUUAAUUUACUUUUUAGAUAAUAAUGGAUGUGCAUUGAGAAGAAUUGAAUCGAAUAAUGUUUUAACACUUGUGGUAGGAAGUUGCAAUACUGCCAAUCAAGAUUAUUUCCUUUCCAAAUCAUUUGACAUUUCCAAUGAUGGAAUUAUUUAUAUUGCUGAUUAUUACAAUAAUAGAAUUGCCAAGUUUGAGAUUAAUAAUUCCACUUUGACAACCCUUGUUGGACGUUCCUUAAAAGGAUUCUUAGAUGGAAUUGGGUCGAAUGCCUUACUCAACUAUCCUGAAAGUCUUAUUAUUGGACCUGAUAAUAUGAUUUACUUUUCAGAUCGUGAUAAUAAUGCAAUUAGAUCUGUGUCCACAAGUUCUGCUUUGGUUACAACUCUGGCCGGUGACAGAUUUAAUGGAUUUCUUGGAGAUGGUGGUCCAGCUAAAUCAUCAAGACUUGAUUCACCAGGACCUAUUCAGUUGACAUUAGGUGGUGAGAUAAUUUUCAUGGACAGAGGAAAUCAAAGAAUUAGAAAGAUUACAAAAUAUGGAAAUAUUUUUACUAUUUAUGGAAAUGGAUCAACAAGUGUUUUUAAAGAUGCUAAUGGUUUAACACUUGGUGGAAGUGGUGAAAUUUACAUUGCAGAUAGUGGAAACAAUCUCAUCAAAAUGUUAUCUGCUGCCAAAUGUUCAAAUGGAACUUUUUACAAUUCUUCAUCAUUUGAAUGUCAAUGUACAGCUGGUUUCUAUGGAGAGAAUUGCUUGGAAUAUGAUUGCUCAGGAAUCAAUUGGAGAAACUCGUCCGUUUGUUCAGGAAGAGGUUCAUGUAUUGCGAAAGAAAAGUGUUCUUGCUCUGCCAAUUUCACAGGAAGUAAUUGUGAAGAAUACUAUUGUUAUGGAGUUAAUUCAGUGAAUAGCAGUGUUUGUUCAUCCAAUGGUCAAUGCACAGCUCCAGAUAAUUGUACCUGUUCAUUUGGAACAUUUGGGUUGAAUUGUGAAAAUGCUUAUUGUCAAGGAAUUGUCUCUUGGAAUGAAACUGUUUGUAAUUCGAGAGGAAAAUGCAUUGGCUACAACAAGUGUACAUGCAAUAAUGGAUUUUAUGGCAAUAAUUGUGAAUUUUACAAUUGUUUCGGAGUUAAAAACACUGACAGCUCAAUAUGUUCAGGAAAUGGUAUUUGUUCCAAAAUUGAUAAUUGCACUUGUUUUGAUGGAUAUUUUGGAAAUAACUGCUCUGAUUUCAAUUGUGUUGGAGAGCAGUAUAUUGGAAAGAACUUGUGUUUGAAUAAUGGCUCAUGCACUGGUCCAGGUGAUUGUAAAUGUUUGCCUGAAUGGGGUGGCAACAUUUGUCAACAUGUCAAAUGUUUUAACAAGACAGCUGUCGAUUCAAAUGUUUGUUCAUCACAUGGUCAAUGUUUGUCUUUUAAUAAUUGUUCAUGUGAUCCAAGAUGGAUUGGCAGUGAUUGUGGCGUGACCACUUGUUUUGGUCAAUUAUCAAAUGAUUCGAAUAGAGUUUGUUCAUCAUAUGGUCAAUGUUUAAAUCCAGAUCAAUGCUCUUGUAAUAAUGGAUACAGAGGUGAUGAAUGUGAAUAUAGAGUGUGUUAUGAUUUAAUUCACACAGAUCCAAAUGUUUGCUCCUCACAUGGUCAAUGUGAAUCACCAAAUAAUUGUAAAUGUGAAAAUGGUUUUGUUGGGGAGAAUUGUCAAUAUCACCAAGUUUAUUUAGACAUUUCAAAUGCAUUGAUUUAUUCAUAUUUUGAUUCACUUUUAAAUAUUUCAACAACAAUUGAUGGAGGUGAUCAAGUAUUGUUGAGUAGUGAAUGUCAAGAUUUAUUCGAAAGUUCAGAAUUGAUCAAAUUGGGAGAAGCUGAUUUGAUAUCCUGUUAUUGGACACCAAAUUAUUUCAAAAUCAAAUUGGGAUAUAAUCACAUGAUUGAACAUUUAUCCACAUUGAAACUGAAUUCAAAUUUCAAUAUUUCACUUCAAGUCAAUUCAAAUUCUUCUUUAAUUUUACUCAAUCAGCGAACAUUUUCCUCUUCAAUGGAUACUUUACUUUUAUACAUUCCAUCCAAUCAAGAUUUUAUCAUCAAAUCCAGCAGUGAUGAUUAUUAUCAUACAUUUAAGAAAGUUUCAAAAAGUUGGACAUGUGAAAACUGUCCUCAGCCACUUGUCAAUUAUUUAACAAAUUAUGAAAAUAAGAGUAUGAUUUUAAUACCAACUUCAUUGCUGAAUAGCAUUCCAUUAGAUUCUUCAUAUUCUAAAAUUCUUUCACUUAAAUAUUCAUCCAUGAAUUCAAUUCAAAAAUCAUUGACAUCAAGCGACAAGACAAGAAUUGAAUCUAAUAAGAAUUUACCUCCCUCUUUCACAUGGCAUGGGGAUAAUGUAAAGGAUACACAAUUUAAAUGUGUUGGACAUAAUUGUAUUAUUGAAAGUUCAUUGAAUUCAAUGAAUAGUUCACUUUCAUUUACAUUCUCUGGAUUUUUCAGUUUAUUGAAUUCACUCUUUUCACAAAAACAAAUGUUUAGAUUGGUAAAUGUUUAUAAUAAUGAAUUGGUGGACAGUGAAUAUUCAUCCAAUGCACAAAUAGUUGGAUUUCAAUUGAAAACCUAUGUUUCCACUUCACUUUCUUAUUAUUUCUCAUAUUCAACAUUUGAUAGAUUGGAUCAUGUUUUGACAAAUGUGAAUAGAACUCUAUCUCUUGAUGAUUCUAAAUUUACAAUUUCAAUAUUCAAUCAAGAUCCUUUCAUUUCAAGUUUCACAUUACCUGAAUAUUUCACAUUCAAUUACCAAUUUUAUCAAAUUAAUUCAAUUGACAAUAAUUUAAGUAGUAGUGAAAAAACAUUGAAUAUAGAUGUUGAAAAAUUGAAUUUAUCAGAAGGAAUGUAUUUAGUGAACUUGACACUAACAGUUUCCAAGUCAUAUGUCACAAUUCCAUAUUAUUAUUUUGGAUUUAUUCAUUUUUAUGCUCAAUCAAAUGUUCCAAAAUUAACAAUUGAUCAAUUACCUGCUAUUUAUCCUUCCAAAAAGGAUUUACAUUUGAAAGUAUUGAUUCAAUCAUCAAGUGCAAUUCAAAAUUAUAAAUGGAAAUUAAAAGAAGGUUUAGUGAAAGAAAGGAAAAUAAUUGGACAAUUUUUGGAAAGUUCACAAUUUACUCAACUCACGUCUAAUACAUACAAGAGUGAAAUUAUAAUUAAUAGUCAAUAUUUAUUGGAAGGUGAAUUUAUUUCAUUUGAUUUUUCAGUUUCAAAUAUGAAUGGAAUGUCAAAUGUUUCAUUAUCAACUAGAAUUGAUGAAUCUCCAAGAUUUUCAUGUGAAUAUUUCAAUUUAAAGAAUGAAUUUACAAAUUAUGCAUUUGAUUCACUUCUUUCCAUUUCAUGUUUCAAUUUACCUGAAGAACCAAUUUCAAGUUUUAAUUUUGAAUUUCAUUCCAUUUAUGGAAAGAGAUUAAAUAUCAUUUCCAAUACAUUGAAAAAGAAUAUCAUUACAAGAAUACCAAUGUACUCAUUUGAAGAAGGUAAAAUCAAUCUUGUUGUAAAAUUAGUGAAUAGAUAUGGCUCAGUUUCACAAAUCUCAAAAACUAUUUCAGUUUUACCUCCAUUAACUAUUUACAAUUCACAAAAUUCAAUUCUAUCAAGAUUUAAUUAUUUUAAACAAUCUUUUUAUAAUUUGAAGUUGAAUGAGCCAUUGAGAAUUGAUACUGCUCAUUCAAUUUAUUCCUUAAUGAGUAUUCUCAUUCAGAACGAAACCAUUUCGAAUAUAAAAGGACAAUUAGUGAAUGAAUUAACAAUGGAUCAAUUAUCAACAUUUAAUUCAUUGUUGAAAGAUAUGAUUAAUCAAUUGAAAAGUAUUCAAUCGUUGACAUAUAAGGUUGAUGAAAAGAUAAUUCAAUUGACACUUCCAAUAAUUUCACAAAUUUAUUCGAUUCUGGAUAAUUUAUCAUUGGAUGAAAGUUGGAUUUCAGAUAUUUCAAGUUGGCUUGAUUGGAUUUAUUCUGGAAUGUCAAAUGCCAAACAAUAUUAUUCAGAAAUAUUAUUAGAAACUGUACUUUCCACUGAACAUUAUUCAGAAUUGAAAAUUAUUCAAAAUAUACUUUCAAAAAGAUAUUCUAAUAGAUUGGAUAAACAAGAAUUAAUUUCAAAAUAUAGAGCUCAAUAUUUAAUGUUGACUAAACUGAACGAAUCAUCAGAUGAUUCAUCUUUUGAAAUUUAUCAAAUAGAUAUUGCUUCUCAAUUAAAUGGCAAGUCAAUUACAACAAACAUCAAUCAAGAUAUUCAAAUUCAAGCCAUACUUCCAUCAGAUUUAACAAGUCAAGUGUCAAAUAUUGAAGAUAAUUCACAAUUAUUUUACUCUUCAUCAUUAAUUUCAAAUGACAAGACAUUGAAUAAUAUUUUAACAAAUAGACCUAUUUUGGAAUUAUCAAUUUUUUCAAAAGAUGGUUCAUUGACAAGUGUGAAUAAUUUACAGAAUCCAAUUCAAUUGAAAUUCAAAAAUUUAUUUACAGAUUACAAAAUCUAUACUAAUUUAUCAUGUGUUUAUUUUGAUGCUUCAUCAAAUGGAUGGUCAACCAAUGGAAUUACAGCCAAAUCAACGAUAAUCAAACAAGAAAAUGGAAAAUUGUAUUUUGAAAUGGAAUGUAACACAACUCACUUGUCUUUAUUCUCAGUUCAAGAAUAUAAUUUCAUUUCAAUUCCAGUUGUUAUCAACUCAAGUCAACCUAGAAAUGAAAUAGAUACAAAUUUAGGAUUAAUUCUUGGAUUGGCACUUGGCAUUUCUAUUCCAGUUGUGUUAAUGAUAGUGUUUGUUAUCAUUAUCAUUGUGUUAUCUGUAUUUGUGUGGAAAUUAAAAACUAAGAGAACACGAUAUGAUAUUGAAAUGACAGGAACUGAUUUUCCUGAUUCGAGUAUGUUCCUGACACCACUUGUUAGCGUUUCAGGAAGUUCAAAUGAAAGUUUCAAUCCACUUUCAAGAUAUUUAGAUCUAGUUAGAAUUGGUCAAGGAGCAUUUGGCUCAGUUUUCAAAGCAAUGGAUUCAAAAACAAAUACAAUGAAAGCAAUCAAAGUGAUGAGAUAUCAAACCAAUGAAGAAUUGAAUGGAUUUAUGAAAGAAGGAACUCAAUUAAUGAAUGUCAGUCAUCCAAAUAUUUUGAAAGUGAAUGAUUUCUUUAUUAGUCAAGAUAAUUUAUUGUGUAUUGAUAUGGAUUUUUAUGAAAAGGGUGAUUUGGUUCAAUUGACCAAUGAAUCUUUCAUUUGCUCAGAGAAGAUGUUGCUUCAAAUUAUUUAUCAAAUGUUAAAUGCAUUGAAUUAUAUUCACAACUCAAUGAAACUCAUUCACAGAGAUAUCAAACCAUCAAAUAUUUUCAUCAAAUCAAUCGAUAAUGAUAAUAUUCAAAUUGUAAUUGCUGAUUUUGGAUUGGCAAGGGCAGAUCAAGGUUCUGCUCACAAAUCAUAUGCUGGAACUCCUUUAUUUAUGGUAUGUUAUUUAUCAAUACUUUGGCAUGUCAAUUCUAACAUAUAUUACUGUUAA